AUGCUUUACCUCACCUCAGACAACUUUCCGGUCUUCGUCCCCUUCGGCGUCAUUGGAUUCUACCGCUAUUUGUGGUACCUCAUCCGUAUCGCCGCCUCUUUCACCUACAGACCCGUUCCUUUACCCGAAAACCCAACCUAUACUGCGUCCGAGGACGUCACCAUCAUUGUGCCAACUAUCGAUGCCGGCGAGGAGUUCAAGGAAGCUGCGAACAGCUGGCUCGCCGGAAAACCGAAAGAGAUCCUCAUCAUCACAGAGGAGAAAAUGAAGGGACCCCUCCAGGAACUCGCCAACCAGGUUGACCCAGAUCGUAUCCGCGUCCUCACCGUCCCAUUCGCCAAUAAACGGCUCCAGAUGGCACACGGUAUCCGCAAUACGACCACUGAUAUCAUUGUAUUUGCGGACGACGAUGCCAUAUGGCCUCCAACCAUGUUGCCCUACAUUCUCGCUUGUUUCGAAGACCAGAAGGUCGGUGGAGUAGGGACAUCACAACGCGUACAGCCAGUAGGAAAGAGGAUGACUGUCUGGGAAGUGUUGGCUGCUUUCCGUCUUACUAUUCGCAACAUCGAAAUUGCUUCUUCAACCCACAUCGACGGUGGCAUUCCUUGCUUGUCGGGCCGAACGGCUGCGUAUCGCACGAUCAUCCUCAAGGAUCCGGAGUUCUUGCAUGGAUUCACUCACGACUACUGGCUGGGAAAAUACCAGCUCAACUCGGGUGACGACAAAUUCUUGACACGGUGGAUGGUCAGCCACGGUUGGAGCACUUACGUCCAGUGCUGCAAGGAAGCGGAGUUGCUCAGUACGAUGAAGCCUAACUGGCGGUUCCUUAAGCAAGUUCUCCGUUGGACGCGCAAUACCUGGAGAUCCGAUUUACGCUCACUCUUCAUGGAGCGACACAUUUGGACAUCGCAUCCUUACGUGGCCUAUACGAUGGUGGACAAACUAUUUAAUCCUCUGACGCUUCUCGUUGGUCCCACACUGGUGUCUUAUCUCACCUACAAGAGUACGAUCCCUGUCGACCAAGGCGGCUACCACCUGCCGUGGUGGAACAUCGCGGCCAGCUACAUGGUUUGGUUACUUGCAACGCGUACGGCUAAGCUCCUUCCCCAUUUGUGGCACCAGCCCGAACACAUCAUCUACGUCCCCGCGUUCAUCAUUUUUGGUUACUACUUCGCCAUCAUGAAGAUAUAUGCUCUCUUUACUCUCCACGAAACUGCCUGGGGAACCCGUGCGGGUAUCGGCGAUCCAACCGCUGCUACAGCCGCAACCGAGAAGGAUCCAGUGUCUUCGUCU